CAUUUACAUAUGGGCCGAUAUCAAUAACCUACAAGUUGAUUCUGGCCUUACGUGCAUUCUCUGGCCAUGUUUGUUGAUAAAGGAGACUUCAGCUUAUACGGCGGUGCAGAAACUCUCUGGGAAGGCAAACGUUCGCCACGUCGGACCAUUAUCACCACUCCGACCGCUCAGGAUGACGGGAAAUCUCACCCAGGACCGCCACAUGAUCCUAGUGACUUUUUGUGGUUGAUGACAGAGGAGCCUCAUCGUUCACGGAGGAUGGCGAUCAUGAAGGCACAUCCCGAGGUUACUAAAUUAAUGGGCUACGAGCCGUUGACAAAGUACAUCGUGUUUGGUGUAGUGUCUCUGCAGCUCAUCGUGGCAAUAGCUCUUCGCCGUACCCAGAUCCUCUCACCUUGGUUCCUCUUUUGUGCCUAUGCCAUUGGUGGAACUGCGAAUCACAAUUUAUUCCUUGCCAUACAUGAAAUCACACACAACCUUGCGUUCCCCGGAGUCUGGCCUAACAAAGCACUUGCGGUUUUCGCGAACCUACCUAUAGGUAUUCCUUACUGCGCCAUGUUUAAGAGGUAUCACAUUGAGCAUCACAAAUUCAUGGGCCAGGACGGAAUUGAUACCGACUUGCCUACCCGAAUAGAGCUCUUGUUACUGAACAACGUCCUCGGAAAGGUUUUCUUCGCGACCUUUCAAAUUCUGUUCUAUGCUCUCCGUCCUGGAUUUGUUCGUUCUCAGAAGCUAACGACAUGGCAUUUCGCAAAUUUCAUCGUUCAACUGGUCUUUGAUUAUCUAGUAGUCAAAGUGUUUGGUAUAAAGCCACUAGUGUAUCUGCUCGCUAGCAGCUUCUUUGCUGGUAGUCUUCAUCCAUGUGCUGGGCAUUUCAUCGCUGAACAUUACCUCUGGGAUGGUUUGGAGCAGGAAACAUUCAGCUACUACGGUCAAUUGAACAUCCUGGCUUAUAACGUUGGAUAUCACAAUGAACACCACGACUUCCCGUCUGUUGCCUGGACACGUUUACCCGCCCUUCGUGCUUUGGCCCCUGAAUUCUACGACACACUCCCUUCUCAUCCAUCGUGGCCAAUGGUGAUAGUGAACUUCAUCCGCGACAAAGAAGUUGGGAUAUUUGCAAGGGCCAAACGACUUGCGAAGGAGCCGGCGUCGGUCAACUUGAAAAUUGUUGAACAUGAUUCAGAGGUUGAAUCAGAUAAAAACGAGUGAUUUUAAUCAAUUACUUAGAAUGUUUGAAUAGGAUUCAAUUCAGAUAUUUUUUGUUUUGGAAGGGCGGUUUCCACACUUUUCCACAACAUAGAGACCAGAGAUAUUGGGUACUGCCAGUCUUCAUCAGAAGCAGGAUCUGUUCUCGACGAACACUCCUACUUGAACCAGAAGUCAAGAUCCAGAAUUUUGGUACUUGUCGAGGAGAUUGACGGUUACAUCUGAAGUAGUAACAUCAGUGAGUACCGUGAUAACUUGAAGCCGAGGGGCGAAUGUGGCUUUUCAAUUGCUUUUCAUGUUUGAAGGAAGCACGGGUGCCACGGUUUGAACUAGGAAGUAUUUAUGUUUGAGGAAUAGCACAUACAUAUGUACUUCAGCAGCGGUCUAAAAGAGUUGUCAUAGAAUGCAGCUCUACAACAUCAGUUGACAGUGGACACUGUGCUAUGGGAAUGGG